AUGCCUGGACAACCACCCCCAGAAUGGGUCAAGGCUCUCAAGCCGGGUGGCCCGCAGGGCUCCGAGCUGCUCGCCCAAGAGCGCGCUCAAUCCAACGUGGAUGUUCAGAAGCUUUCCGAGUUGCUGCACACCAAGGAGCACUUGCAGCUCCAGGACAAGCUGGUUAAAAUGCUCCAGGCCGAGAAGGUCUUUGACAAGUCUCAAAACCACUCUUUGGGCCGCGUCGAUCGCCUUCAGCGCUCGCUCGCCAAGGCGAAGCGUCUGCAGCAGUUGGCCGAGCAGCACAAGUGGAACAUGGAGGAACUUCAUCUCGCCAAUGAUUUGAUCGGCGAGCCAACACCAUACGGUCUGCAUGCUAGCAUGUUUUUGGUCACCCUUCGUGAGCAAGGAACACCGGAACAACACAAAAUUUUCCUUGAGCGAGCUGAGAAGUACCAGAUCAUCGGUUGCUACGCUCAAACCGAACUAGGACACGGCUCCAACGUUCGCGGCCUCGAAACGACCGCUACCUGGAACCCCGAGGACAAGACUUUCAUUAUCAACUCUCCAACAUUGACCGCUUCCAAGUGGUGGAUUGGCUCUUUGGGUCGCACCGCCAACCAUGCUGUGGUCAUGGCCCAGCUCUAUAUCGCAGGAAAGAAUUACGGCCCUCACCCCUUCGUUGUUCAAGUCCGCGAUCUUGAGACCCACCAACCCAUGGAGAAUGUCUAUGUUGGUGACAUUGGUCCCAAGUUCGGCUACAACACUAUGGACAACGGCUUCCUGCUUUUCAACAAUUACAAGAUUCCCCACGUUAACAUGCUCGCCCGCUUCUCCAGCGUCGACAAGGCGACGAACAAGUACGUGCGCCCCCGUAUGGCGACUCUGGUCUACGGCACCAUGACCUGGGUCCGCUCCAAUAUCGUUCUCCAAUCAGGCGGUACCUUGGCUCGCGGUGUGACCAUUGCCACUCGGUACUGUGCUGUCCGUCGGCAGUUCCAGGAUCGGGAUGCGGACCCCAACGCUGGAGAGACUCAGGUCCUCAACUACAAGAUGGUGCAAGUUCGCUUGUUGCCUCUUUUGGCAUCUAUGUAUGCCCUUCACUUCACCGGUCGUGGUAUGAUGCGUCUGUAUCAGGAGAAUCAAAAGCGUAUGCAGGCGGCUUCCACUCCGAGCCAGGAGACUCGUGGCCCUGGUCCCGAGGAGCUGCGAGCUGGUGCUGAUCUGCUGGCGGAUCUGCACGCCACUUCCUGUGGUCUUAAGGCUCUAGCUAGUACUACUGCUGGCGAGGGACUCGAGAUCUGCCGACGCACGUGCGGUGGUCAUGGUUACAGCAGCUACAGCGGCAUUGGACCCUUCUACUCCGACUAUCUGCCCACCUUGACCUGGGAAGGUGACAACUACAUGCUUACCCAGCAGGUUGCUCGCUACCUCUUGAAGUCGGCCCGUGCUGUUCUCUCUGGAAAGUCUGCGGAUAAUGACACCUCCCGCAUUCUUCGCACUUACUUGGACCGCCGUGACAAGGGUGCCUCCUUCGACAUUCUCGAGCAAGACAACGACAUCGUGGCCGCCUUUGCUUGGCGCACGGCUCACCUGACCUUCGAGGCUCUCAAGCACCGUGAUUCCGAGAAGCGCUCAUGGAACAGUCUGCUGGUCGACUUCUGGCGCCUGUCAACCGCUCACUCCCAAUAUCUCGUGGUGAAGAACUUCUACGAAGCUGUCUCUUCUCCUGAGCUGUCCCAGUCUUUGGAUCCUGAGACCAAGACCAUGAUGCACUCACUCUUCCGUCUCUAUGCUCUGCACACUCUCGAGCGGGAGGCGGCCGAGUUUUUCUCCUCUGGAGCCGUCACCGUCCGUCAAAUUGGCCUCACUCGUACUGUUGCCGUGAUGAAGCUGCUUGAUGAGGUCCGCCCCCAUGCUGUGCGUCUUGUGGAUGCCUGGGCCAUUCCCGACUGGCAACUCGACAGCAGCCUGGGUCGUGCCGACGGAAAUGUAUACCCUGACCUGUUCCGCCGUGCCAGUCAGGAGAACCCCGUCAACGACCUUGUCUUUGACCCCUAUCCUUGGAAUGAGGCCUUGCUCAAGAAUACUCCUCCCAAGAGCAAGCUUUGA